AUGGCCGAAGCUGGAAUCAACAGGAAGGAGGAUGCCAAACUCGAGUUCAAGACCUCUACGGAGAUCACUGUCGCGCCUACCUUCGAGUCUAUGCAACUGAAGGAGGCCCUUCUCCGUGGAAUCUAUGCAUACGGUUAUGAAUCCCCCUCCGCUGUGCAAUCGCGUGCCAUCGUCCAGAUCUGCAAAGGUCGUGACACGAUCGCGCAGGCACAAUCCGGUACCGGUAAAACCGCUACGUUCUCCAUUUCGAUCCUCCAGGUCAUCGACACCGCCGUGCUCGAGGCACAAGCACUCGUUCUUUCCCCCACCCGCGAACUCGCAACCCAGAUCCAAUCCGUCAUCAUGGCUCUGGGCGACUACAUGAACGUGCAAUGCCACGCCUGCAUCGGCGGCACCAGCAUCGGCCUAGACAUCCAAGCGCUCGAGCGCGGCCCACACGUCGUCUCCGGCACCCCCGGCCGCGUCGCCGACAUGAUCCGCCGCAAAAGCCUCCGCACGCGCCACAUCAAGAUGCUCGUCCUCGACGAGGCCGACGAGCUCCUCAACAUGGGCUUCCGCGAGCAGAUCUACGACGUCUACCGCUACCUCCCGCCCAGCACGCAGGUCGUCGUCGUGUCGGCCACCCUGCCGUACGACGUGCUCGACAUGACACGCAAAUUCAUGACGGACCCCGUGCACAUCCUUGUCAAGCGUGACGAGCUGACGCUCGACGGCCUGAAGCAGUACUUCAUUGCCGUCGACAAGGAGGACUGGAAGUUCGACACUCUGUGCGAUCUGUACGACACCCUGACCAUCACGCAGGCCGUCAUCUUCUGCAACACCAGGAAGAAGGUCGACUGGCUGGCGGACAAGAUGAGGGAGGCCAACUUCACGGUCUCGAGCAUGCACGGCGAGAUGCUGCAGAAGGAGCGCGAUAGUAUCAUGGAGGAUUUUAGGACCGGGAACAGCAGGGUGCUCAUCUCGACAGAUGUCUGGGCGAGAGGUAUCGAUGUCCAGCAGGUCUCGCUGGUCAUCAAUUACGACUUGCCGAAUAACCGUGAGAACUACAUUCACAGGAUUGGUAGAAGUGGUAGAUUUGGGCGCAAGGGUGUUGCUAUCAACUUUGUUACCAGCGAGGACGUCAGGAUCCUCCGUGAUAUCGAACUUUAUUACAGUACACAAAUCGACGAGAUGCCAAUGAAUGUCUCUGACCUCUUGUCAUAG